AUGAGCCCGAAAGAGAGAAAACUAAUGAGGGAAUGGACUGCAGAAGAUGAAAUAAAGUUGUUCGACUUAAUAUGCGAUUUCAAGCCUGCUGGGACAAAUAAACAUAAGCAUAUGGUUUCCAUUAUUGAAAAUAUUAAUAGAGAUUUAUCGAAUAAAGAGAAGUUGUUUACUGCUGAUCAAAUCUGGGAUAAGCUAGAGAGUCUUUAUAACUUAGAUCGAAUUAAUAAUAUGGAAGACUCGAUUGAUACAAAGCAAGCAGAAUCAGAAUCUAAAACAACUGAUAUUCCAUCUUCACCUCCAGAUGAAAAAAAGGGCCCAACCGAAGAUACAUAUUCAUCAGAAUUGAGUGACGUUGAAGGCGAAUUACCAAGUGAAAGAGAUUUGGUGAUAACGAAAGUUGAAAGUAAUCAAGAAGACUCAAGUAAAAAUAUAGAUAUCCGCAGUAGUCCAGUUAAAAAGCUUCGAACAAGAAAAUCGGCUAGAGACUCCAAUUCAUCAUCUACAAAUAUAAUUGACAAAAUCAAAAAUGAAACUAAUGAUACCGUUAACUCUUCCGACGGUGAUACAGAUGACGGGACACCAAGAAGAAUUACUAGAGGUACACGUAAAGAAGAACAAAAGGAAGAAGUUGCAGAAGAUGAAAAAAAAUUGAAAGAGAAGUCAAAAGAUGAGCAAGAAAACGGAAUUGAAGAACCUGGUGCAAAAGAAGAUGAGAUAACGGAAGAAGAAUCGAAACCAAAAAAGACAGCAGAAACUAAAACUAAAAAAGAACCAGAUGCAAAGUCUAAAAAAGAACCCGAUACCAAGACAAAAAAGGAUACAGAUACUAAUUCAAAAGCUGAAAAACAAGAUGACGAAAUUGUGAUCAAUGAAGAAAAGGUAAUUGAUGAAGAGAAAGAGAAAAAUGACGGGGAAGCUAUAGAUAUUGAAGAUAAUGAUGACGAAAGAGAUGAAAAAGAGAAAGAGACAGCGAAAGAUAAAUCUAAUGAAGAUGAAUCUGAGUCCGAGGAUGAGGAUGGGAAAGAGCAGGAACAAUCCCGGCCUAAAAAACGUACUAGAUCGAUUGCCAAACUUGAUAGCAAAGAAGAUUCCAAAUCAUCUCCACCUGCUACGAACUCUCCUAACUCAAGUGUAACACCAGGCAAGCGCAGACGAGCAGCAUCUCCAGCAGCAGCAUCUCCAGCAGCAGCAUCUAGCACAAAUGCUCAAACGAACAAUAGCUCCAAUAGUACACCUUCAACCAGAAGGAGAACGCGAUCGGAAGUUGCACAUGAACAAAAGGAAGUUGAAGAAACUGGCACCGGGGGUGAAGAAGUUGAAGAACCUGAUUCCGAGUCAAGACCAAGGGCUACAAGACGGUCGACUAGAUCAGCUGCUUCGAUUACACCUGCAAAACCAUCGCCCGCCCCUAUACGAAGAAGCAAUCGAAAAAAGUAA